AUGACAACCAUAGCAAAUAAAUUUCAAGAUGUUGCAAAACAAUUGCAAAAUUUAACUAUUUGGAGACCAAAUGAACGUGAUCCACUUCUUGAACUUGAACAAUGGCGUACAAAUGCUCAUUUAACUAUUGAAGGAAUCUAUAGACAAAAAAGACAAGAAAUUGAACAAAUUUCAGAAAAACAUGAACGAGAAUUUUUACGACAAUUAGAAAGACAACGAUUAGCAUUGAAUAAUACUCGAAAGAAAAUGUUAGCAAAAAAAGAAGUUAGUACACAUGUUCGUGCACAAUAUGAAACUUCAAUAUUAAAUGAUUUACAAAGAAUCGAAUAUGAGAUGAAUGUUAGAUUAGGUCGUGCACAAGUAAUUAUAGAAACAAUCCCAUUUAAUUGUGAAAAUUUAAUAACAAUUGGUCUUAAAACAUAUCUUUCAACAACACCAACAAUGUAUUUUAAUGAAUUAAUAACAAAACAUCAAUCACAAAAACCAGCACGUCGAUCAGCUAAUGAAGCACACCGCGCAUAUGCUAAUUGGCUUGCAACGAAGAAUAAUGAAGCAAUUGCUCAGAAAGAACUAGAGGAUGCUAAGCAAAGAAUAUCAAGUGCACGAGAAGAUCCAUUAACUAGACGCCAACAAAAUGAAGAGGGAUAUAAGUCAUGGUUGCAAACAAAGCAAGCACAAGACGCAUUAAAAAAGAAAAAAUUAAAUAUACAUAAUAAUACUAUUGAUUAA